AUGGCUGCCAUGGAGACUGAUAGCUUGGUGGAGUACUUUGAGAAAGUGUAUCGAGAAGGUGGAGACUUUCAGUCACCGGACUAUGAGCACUCCGACGAAGACUUUCUUCAUACCUGGAGGCACAAGAAGACGGGCAUCAUCGUCUGGAAAGAUGCCAUGGAUCUGUCCUCGAAGCCAAAUGCGAAGGUCUUCUUUCAUUACACUAGUGCGCUAGCCUUCCACAACAUCACUGCACUUGAGAAGGAGGCUGCUGAGGUCUUUGCUUCUUUAGUUACAGAGGGUCCACGCGCAAAUGCCUGGUGGGGCGCUGGGGUCUACAGCGUGCCCAAGCCCCCAGAUGAAUGGACCAACAGGCGCCAGCUCUUGGAUAACAACUUCAGGCGCAUGAUGCGCCGCGAUCUUGAGCAACAUGGUGAGUCAUACGUGGACGAGGAGUAUCCACCACGCGCUGGGUUCCGUCAUUCUUCAUCUACUUUUUGUUUUGUUGUUUAA